ACAGUUAAACUACCAAACCAAACGGCUUUCAUAGGCGGAGAUAUCAAUGCAAACAGCCCACCUACCUCUUUGGUUUUGCUGAUCCAAUUUCAACUACAAUACACGCCCAUUCAGAUCCCUUCUCUUCAGUUUUCGAUUCAUUUCAUUGAUACCCACGUUAUUUUCAAUUCAGAAAUCCUCAAUUCCACUCGUAUUCACGACAGGCAAAACAAGUAGAAAAUGAUUCAACAAACCCUUCUAAAACCCUCUUAUUCUUCAAUCUCAAUCCCACCUCUCAAAACCCCACCAAAAUCAUCGUCACACUCAUCGACCCAUUGUUACAAUCAUACGAGUUGGGGCUUGCGAAUUGUGGGUUCAUCAUCAUCAUCAUCAUCAUCAUCAUCAUCAUCAUCAUCGUCAAAUACCGAAUCCAAAUCCCGAAAUGGGGCAUUCACUGGCAGAGAUCCGAACGUGAAGAAGCCGGCGUGGCUGAGGCAGAGAGCGGCGCAAGGAGAGAGGUUUGAGGAGGUUAAGCAAUCACUUUCUCACUUGAAUCUCAACACUGUCUGCCAGGAAGCACAAUGCCCCAACAUUGGAGAGUGCUGGAAUGGAGGCGGGGAUGGCAUUGCAACUGCAACAAUCAUGCUUCUUGGGGAUACCUGCACUCGUGGUUGUAGAUUUUGUGCUGUGAAAACCAGUAGAAACCCUGCACCACCUGACCCAAUGGAACCAGAAAACACUGCUAAGGCCAUUGCAAGUUGGGGUGUGGAUUACAUUGUUCUAACAAGUGUUGAUCGUGAUGAUCUGCCUGAUGGUGGAAGUGGCCAUUUUGCUCGGACUGUUAAGGCUAUGAAGAAACUCAAGCCUGAGAUCAUGGUUGAGUGUCUAACUUCUGAUUUUCGAGGUGACUUGAGUGCUGUAGAAACUCUGGUGCACUCAGGGUUAGAUGUUUUUGCCCACAAUAUUGAAACUGUGAAACGGCUUCAGAGAAUUGUGCGAGAUCCUCGAGCUGGGUAUGAGCAGAGCUUAUCAGUUCUAAAACAUGGAAAGCAUAGCAAGGUGGGGAUGAUAACAAAAUCAUCUAUAAUGUUGGGUCUUGGGGAAUCUGAUGAUGAGUUGAAGGAAGCCAUGGCUGAUCUAAGGGCCAUAGAUGUCGACAUUUUGACACUUGGACAAUAUUUACAGCCAACUCCAUUACACCUUACUGUCAAAGAGUAUGUUACCCCUGAGAAGUUUGCUUUCUGGAAGGAAUAUGGGGAGUCAAUUGGAUUCCGUUAUGUUGCUAGUGGACCCCUGGUUCGAUCCUCAUACAGGGCUGGGGAGCUCUUUGUUAAGUCCAUGGUACGAGAAAGGGCCAGUGCCAGCAUAGCUUAGCAAGUAUUUUGGCCAUUGCUUGCAGACUGUCCACAUGGAUGGCUUCUAGGGCAACCAGAGCGCUGAUAGGGGCCCUACUUGAAAGAGGUUUCCAUAACUCAUUCAAGGAUCCAGAUUUUGAAGACCCAGUAUAAAAUCAUUCAUUUCAUUCAGGAUUAUUAUUAUUAUUAUUAUUUUAUGUAUAUCAAUUCGUGUUGCAGAAGCCCUCUUCUCUCCCAAUAUUAAUCCUUUUUUGUAUCCUAUUGAGAAAAUCAGCCAAAAUUAUGGGUCCAAAUCAAACCCUUUUUCCAGCAAAGGGGUGUUGAUGCUAAGUAAUGGUCCAUUUCAAAUAAAAGUAAACACAUCAUUAAAUGUCUCA